UAUGUAUCCACCACGUCGAGGCGGAUUACCUGCAAGAGGUUAUGUUGGUCGAGAGCCCCAUGCUCCCUUAAGGGCUGGUAAUUCAUGUGCACCUCCAGGAUUUCCGCUUCGUAGCAUCAACGAACUACUACAGGCACCUGCAAGACGUAAGCAGCCCACUCUCCAUCCCGAGAAGAUUGAUGGCGGACUUUGGAUUUCGAUUGAUAAUGAGGUCAAAUAUGACAUUAAAAGAGUUUUCACCAAUGAUUUUGAUGGCCUGUGGUGGAAUCUUGGUGAGGUUCCACAAGAGCAGCAGGACAAAUGGUGGUCUGAUUUUGUGCAAAAAUAUUACUGGGAUUCAGAGCAUCAUACCUUGGUGAAGACUCAGUGGACUAAACAACUUCGGAGGAUGAUCUCAAACAAUAUCAGCAAGGGAAAGAGACUCAACAAAAAACCCAGCUUUGUCUCUGUCACCAAUUGGAACUUAAUGUGGCAAUACUGGGAUUCAGAUAAGGCAAUUCAUAUUAGCACUACAAAUUCAAAAAACCGUAAAUCUGACCGUGGUAGAGAUGGUAUGCAUCAACAUAUUUCUGGUUCAAAAUCAUACGCCAAGGUCAAAUAUGAUAUGAUGAUGGAGCUUGGUGAGGAACCAGAAAUCACCGACUUAGUGCAGAAGACACACAUGAAAAUUGAUGGCAUUAUCGAAGAAAUUGAGUCCAUUGUUGUUUCACACUUUCCCAUUAACACUGAUGAUAAUGAGGCUGGCAGCCAAGGGUCCAACUCACCUAUUACACCUCUAAUGCGAGAUGAAGCUUUUUAUUUGAUAGUCAAGGCAUACAAAGGAAGGUUUUUUGGACUUGGAACUGCACAGAUGGGGUAUUAUGAUCCCAUUGAUCCACCAACCAUUGUCCUUCCUCGACAAGCUCGUUAUGAGAGAGAUCUGAUGAAUCUGACUGGAGUUGUCAACCUUAUGAGCCAG